AUGGCUCGGAACACCAGAGCACACGCGAAAGCCGUCAUAGCUCAGCAAUCCCCAUCGGUUCCGCCGGCAUUGACACUUACUGAAUUCAAGAAGUUCAAUGAGUUACCUGUCGAAUUGAGAUUGAUCAUCUGGUCCAUGGCCGCUCCACCUCCUGCAACUAUAUCCCAGCACAUAAGCCGUGUCAAAGGCCGAGGCCACUACUGGAACCGAGCCGGUGGCAUCCCAGCCGUUCUUCACGCAUGCGCCGAGUCUCGCCGAGAGUACUUGGAGUACGAUACGGAUGACGAGACCACCAAGGUUGCGUUCGAGGGUCGUCGUCGCGAUCAUCCUCUCUACAAACUCCAUUUCAAGAACCGGCUUAAGGCUAGCGCAGGUUGCUACAUGAGUCUGGAGAUCGAUACCUACUGGCCUGCGCGUGCUCAAGAGCUGAAGGAAUAUCGUUCUGAUAUCUCUGGAGAACCGGAACUAAGCAAGUUUCGCACUGCGGCUGAGUUGGAUAUAGCUAGUGGUCUGCAGCACUUGGCGCUUCUGCAACACGAUAGGCCAGAGGACUGUGUGGAUUUCGACGAUCUCCUUUAUUUUGCGAAGAAGUGCCCGUUGUUGAAGACUUUGACGGUAGUCCUACAGAGCCGGCGGAACGAGGAGAGCUGGCGAGUGAGAGGGGGGUUGUAUACUCCAGAGGUUAUGGGACCAUGGGGUCUCGAGGUAUCGCUGGAAGUUGAUGAGGUUACUUUCGAGAGUAACAGAGCCAAGCGUACUAGGGAACUCAUCACGGAAAUGGAAGAGAUGAUGAAAGAUCACCCCGAGAAGUCGUUUCCGUUUAUGAAGCUCAGAAUUCAGUUUCAGUUCUCUCAGGCAGAGAAGCUGGAGCCUUUGAAGGAUAUCUGGCGUCGAAAUAAGUACCGUCAUUCACAGAAAGUAGUGAAGGGCUCAGCAACAUGGACUGGACGACUUCGACCCGAGGCUUCUCUACCGAAGUCAGAUUCACGUCAAGAAAGAGAGAUUGAGGAAUUGGAUUCAGAUUGA